AUGGAGUUACCAUCAGCUACGUGUGUUGAAUGUGAAAAAGCUCUUAAUGUCCACUCAUGGUGUUGCCGAUGUCAAAAUGAAGGGCUUAGGCAGAAUUUUAAGAAUUGGACCAGUGAUGAUAUUAAAACGGAUGAACUUAUUCAAAUCACUCAGCUCGACGCGAAGAAAUGUAUGGGUUAUCUUGAAUGGAUUCCAUUUGAUAAUUUAGAUCAUACAUGUAUUAAAUUUAUAGCAAGUGGCUCUUUUAGCUCCGUUUAUUCUUCAAUCUGGUUUGAUGGUCCAAGAAAUAUUUGGUGUCAAGAAGAUACUGAUUGGAUUAGGAAUGGUCCAAUAAAAUGUGCAUUAAAAAAAUUCGAAGAUUCUCAAACUUUAAGUAAAGAAUUUUUUGAUAAAAUUCUUAAACAUCAUCAGUAUCUAUAUGGUGAUUCCGUAGCCGAUUUCUUUGGUGUGACACGAGACUCUACAGGUUGCAUCAUUUUCGUUAUGACGUUAUAUGACGGAAAUUUGUAUCAAUAUAUUGAUAAUUUUAUGGAAAAUAUUUGCUGGGAGAAUGUGAUCCUUAUGCUUCAAGAUAUAAUAGAUGGUCUUAAACAAAUACAUAAAGAUGGUCUUUAUCAUGGCAAUUUACACGGUGGUAACUUGUUAGUUUCAGAUUCACACGACCUUAACCUUGCAGAACGCAUAUAUGAUGGUUUAAGACCAGAAAUCAUUACUGAUACUCCAGAAGUAUUCUUAUUAUUAAUGGAAAGAUGCUGGCAUCCAAAUCCAGAAUUGCGUCCGAAUGCAAUAGAAAUAAGUAAUAAUUUGACCAAUUGGAUAGAAUCUAUACAGAAUGAUCCUAGUUCAAUGAUUUCAAAACAAUUUCUCGAAGCUAAAGGAGGAAGAUCCAUACUCGAAAGUCGAACCAUUAAUCCUAUGGCGAUAUAUAAUAGUAGAACAUUAAAUUUUCAACCCCUUCGCAACGGACAAUAA